UUGAUAAGUUUAGCGAUAAAAUUAACUGAAUGCUCAAUAAUUAAACGACAAACAUUUAUAUAUGAUGAGGACUUAAAAAAAUAUGCAAGACCACAUCGGUUAACCAAAAUUCACCAUGGUACUCUUGGACGUUAUGCACCACACGAUUGGCCAUCAUGGUAUACAAGGACAAUUUUUAAAUGGAAUGGCGAGGUUCGUAAUGGUCCAUAUUUUCCAACCGAUGUCAGAUAUAAUGAUUAUCAAAUAAAAAGAGCUAAAUCGAGUCGAUUUGUUUGA